AAAAGGAAAAAAAAUAAAAAAAAAGGUAAUAAAAAUCCCAGCAGGUUGUUUGUUUGACUCCAUCAGAUUUCCUAAAAUUUCUCCCCUGCUAAGAAACCGCAUGAUGGAUCAAGACUUGAGUUUCUACAUUGGGAUUAUAGGAUUUGUCCCCUCAAUUCUCAUUUUCUUCUCACCCGUGGAAGUGUUUUGGAGGAUAGUUAGGAAGAGAUCAACAGAGGAGUUUGAGAGCAUACCGUACAUGGCAACACUGCUGUGUUCGUGCCUAUGGUGUUACUACGGGCUGACCAAACCCGGGGAGCUUAAGGUUUUCGCCAUUAAUGCCAUCGGCGUCCUCACCCAGUCCUUCUACCUCCUCAUCUUCAUUAUCUUUGCCCCUCCAAAACUCAAGACCAUCUCUGAUUAUUAUGCUAAGAUGAAAAAGUUAUUGGAUGAUCUGCUGCAAGACCUUGACAAAUUUUCGGAAUGUGUUUGUGCAAAAUGUGUGGCACCUCUUGCUGUGCCACUCACGAAGAAGAAAGACGAAGAAGCUCAUCAAUUUUUAUGGGUCGCGACAAGCCCAGACAUGAGAUUGACAAAUGCUUCCAACUACACGGAUACCCAAAGGGAUGAGUAUUCGGUCACAGUCAUAGGGGUGGCAAAUGGGGAGGCAGGGCCGCGGGCUGAAGGUCUGGAUGAGGAGGCCGCUGACAACCGCUGGAUGGGAACUCUGGUGGCUCAAUUGGCGCUAACACAGGCAAUAGGGCCGUCGGUGAAAGCCAAGUUGUGCAUGUUGUGAAUGGCUUGACGUUUUCCUAUUUGCCUAACUUUGAAUAUCUCACUCUUGAGCAAUGGGACAUGGUUCAUCAUGCACUUUUUCUAUCACUCACAAAAUGUAAUGAAAAACUUACGUGUACUUUCUCUAGCCACCUUUGGAUUAUUGACACAAGACAUCAAAUCAUAUGAUGGGCGAUGCAUCUUUUUAAAAGCAAUAUUACUUCUAUUUUGCCAUGUGACAAAUGUUUGCCAGAUGCAAAGAGGAUCCUGCUUAUUCAAUAUGGAAUAGUUUGUCUGAGUAAAACUUUGGUUUUGAA